UGUUGACCUCUUUUAACUUGAAACCUUACGAAAACUCUCUGUCACCGCUUCAAUUAGGAGACAUCUAGAGAUGGAGCAUACCUUGAGUUGGGUGAUAGACAACUUCUCCGAGAAGAAUGAUGAGAUAAGAACUGCUAACUUCUCAAUCAGCGGGUGUGAAUGGUGUGUUUGUGUGCAUCCCAAGGGUGCGUCUGGCUCUGAUCACUUGUGUCUGUACCUGCAAGUUGUGAAUCCUGAUUCAUUGAGUCUUGGAUGGAAAAGGAGAGCUAGCUAUUGCUUUGUUUUGUUGAAUCAAUCCGGAAAAGAGCUAUUCAGAUCACCUGAGGAAAGCAGAUGCACAUUGUUCUGCAGUGAGAUCUUAUCCUGGGGUUACUAUAAGACGCUGCCUCUUUCCAAGCUCCAAGAAAAAGGGUUUCUGAAGAAGAACAAACUAACCAUUAAAAUCUACAUCAAAGUCCUUGAAGUUGUUCAUCAAGGAAAGUCAACAGAGAAUGAGAUGUUAGAUUACGGUGGUUUUCAGAUCCCUGCUUCUCAACUUGCACUACUGACCAAGAAUGUCAUCAUACAUGACCCAAACUUUGCGGUAGAUAUUGUGUUGGAGAACCAAGCGGUCAAUACAAAGUACAGGAAUCUCCUCCGCAUCGUCGAAACACUGAGCAAGCCUCCACAGAGCUUGUCUUUGGCUCAACUAUGCAAUGCUCAAAGCGAGGUGAAUGCGCUGGAGGAAGCAGGUUUCAAGCUCGACUGGUUAAAUUCUAAAAUUGAGGAACUUUCCGUGGAGUGCAAGAAAGAACCACUUUCUGAUGGAUCUAGGGUCCGACAACUCGAGGAUAGGGUCAACAAUGUGGAAUUGACUCUGUCGGAUCUCAAAGCUGAACUGGACAGGGAGAAGAUUAAAUCUGCUGCUGCCGCCGCUGCUGCUGCCAAAGUUUCUUCGUUUCAGUUUAUAGAUUUUAUCAUAAAAAGGUUCUUUCUCACUUGCUUCUCAUUCUCAAAAUACUAG